UAUAGAUAUUUAUAUAUAUUUAACACUCUGUUCAUCCUGAGAGGUUAUGGGCCUGCUGCUGUGACGGAGGGAAACACUUCCACGUGUCAUUUCUAGAAUAAUGAUGAAGAAGGAUAUUAACCUGAGCAUGGCGGAGGACGCGGACCUCAAACCGCAUCUCCGCGACGCCGAGAGCCUCCUGGCCUCCCCGGACCUGCUGAAGCUGGCCUCCCCGGACCUGGGGCUGCUGAAGCUGGCCUCCCCGGACCUGGGGCUGCUGAAGCUGGCCUCCCCGGACCUGGGGCUGCUGAAGCUGGCCUCCCCGGACCUGGAGCGGCUCAUCAUCCAGUCCAACGGGAUGGUGACCACCAGCCCGACCAGCCCCCAGUUCCUCUACCCCAAGACGGUCUCAGACGAGCAGGAGUUCGCGGAGGGCUUCGUGAAGGCGCUGGAGGACCUGCACAAGCAGAACCGGCUCAGCGGCGCCGGGCAGACCGCCGGCAGCCUGGAGGGGGGCGCUAACAUCCCGGUCCCCGUCCAGCCGGACCUACCGGUCUACACGAACCUGAACAGCUACGGUAGUGGACCGCUGGAGACCACCGUGAACUACUCCACAGACACGGUCCCCUUCCCUCCUCCUCCGCAUCACCCGGGGGCAGCCCCGCAGCAUCCGGACCAGCUGUCCCGGGUCCAGCAGCAUCCGGACCAGCUGUCCCGGGUCCAGCCGCUGAAGGAGGAGCCUCAGACGGUCCCGGACGUCCAGAGCUUCGGGGACAGUCCGCCGCUGUCCCCCAUCGACAUAGACUCACAAGAGCACAUGAAAGCCGAGAGGAAGAGGCUCAGGAACCGGAUCGCAGCCUCCAAGUGUCGGAUGCGUAAACUGGAGCGGAUCUCCCGGCUGGAGGACAAGGUCAAGUCCCUGAAGAGCCACAACACGGACCUGGCCUCCACGGCCAGCCUGCUGCGGGACCAGGUGGCCCAGCUCAAACAGAAAGUCCUGACCCACGUCAACAGCGGCUGCCAGCUGCUGCCACACGAGGUCCAGGUCCACUAGCCGGACUGACGGAUCCAGAUACCGAGCCGCAUCAGCUCCAGGACUCUGUAGCAGCGGAGCCAGAUGUGCUGGUCUCUGGUGGACUCAGGCCUCCGAUACCAAAUGUACAUUUAUAAUCGGAUGUUUCAGUGUUUUCAGCAUCGGAGAAAUGAAGAAUAUCUGGUAGAACAGAUCCGGAUCAUGGCUGUUAGGAUUCUUCUCUAACAGAUUAUUGAGACAUUUUAAUUCAUGAAGCAGUCCCCAUUGCUCCACAGUCUCCUGGUCAGAAUAAUCACGGGAUUGAGAUAUAAAUAAUGGCUCGUUGUUUUAUUAGAUUCAGGCCCAAAUGAAGAGCGUUUGCCUUUCAACAUGUUUGAUGUGUGAGAUCCUGUUCUACCGUAUAAACGUUUACUGGAGAACCAGGCAGCAUUAAACUGCAGCUUUCCAUCCGGACCUGGGCUCUGCUGAUCAGAGCAAGAUGCACUUAAAGUUAUUUUUCACUGUAAAAAUGUUUACAGACUCGCUGUGUGUAUAUACAGUCUGGAACCAAACAUGUUACAAUAUUUCUACAGGAAUAUUAAUCUAUUUAUAACGCACAUAUCCUCAAUAUCCUAUGAAUUGGCAAAAAGAAAAAUGCACAUACAUUUGAUAUGUAAGAGUUUAAUCUACACAUACACACAUAUAUAUAUCUACACACACA